UUAUUUUAAUAAAUAUAAUCAUUUAUAGUACCACAGGCACAGGCUGAAACUUUCAAUCUGAAUCCAAAAAUUCAUAAAAAUUGAAUUAUCGUCAAAUACUUUUAAAAUUCUGAGGUAACUGAGAUUAUAGCAACUUCUAACAUCUUAUAAGUUAUAGGUACAAUGAUGAAAGCAAAACCAAAUCUCCCUUGGGUAGAAAAGUAUCGACCAAAUACUUUAGAUGAUUUGAUCUCACAUGAAGACAUUAUUCAAACAAUUGGUAAAUUCAUUAAAGAGGAUCAGUUACCUCAUUUAUUAUUUUAUGGACCUCCAGGGACUGGAAAGACUAGCACAAUAUUAGCAUGUGCCAAGCAAUUAUAUACUCCAGCACAGUUUCGUUCAAUGGUUCUUGAGUUGAAUGCUUCUGAUGACAGAGGAAUUAAUGUUGUCAGAGGACAAGUUUUGAACUUUGCAUCAACCAGAACAAUUUUUAAAUCAGGUUUCAAAUUGAUUAUUUUGGAUGAAGCUGAUGCUAUGACUAAUGAUGCCCAAAAUGCUCUAAGAAGAAUUAUUGAAAAGUUUACUGACAAUGUUCGUUUUUGCUUAAUUUGCAAUUACUUAAGUAAAAUAAUUCCCGCAUUACAGUCUCGGUGUACACGCUUUCGAUUUGGUCCACUUGAUUCUAAACAGAUCAUGCCUAGACUUGAAUAUGUUGUUGAACAAGAAAAAGUGAAAGUAACUGAAGAUGGUAAAAAAGCAUUGAUAGAUUUGGCACAAGGAGAUAUGCGAAAAGUUCUCAACAUAUUACAAAGUGCUGCUACUGCGUUUCCAGAAGUAAACGAAGAUUCUGUAUAUACAUGUGUUGGUCAUCCACUAAAAAGUGAUAUUAUGAAUAUUUUAAAAUGGUUGUUAAAUGAUGACUUUUCUACUACCUUCAAAAAAAUUCAAGAAUUAAAAAUUCAGAAAGGUUUGGCUUUACAAGACAUAUUAACGGAGUUGCACACAUUUUUAUAUAGAUUGGAUUUACCACCAGAUUCUCUCAUUGAAAUACUAACUGAAAUGGCUGAUAUCGAAAUACGUCUCAAUGGUGGAACAAGUGAAAAAAUACAUCUUGGUAGUUUAAUUAGUGCUUUCCAUAUGAUAAGAUCAAAAUUAAAACCCGCUGAUGAUUGAAGACUGCACAGUUAAGUAUUUUAUUCUUAAGUUGGCAUUUAUUGUUUUUUACAUGUAAUUAUUUUCAUGAUUUGAAUAUAUCAAAAGAAAAAAAGAAAACAAAUAAAUCAUAAUUUAUUAUUAUUAUAAUUUUUGUUCAUAUUAUGUACACAAAAUAAUAAAAUAAUUUCCAUAGAAAAA